GUGCCUGACUAUGACACAGUCAUUAAGCAUCCAAUGGAUCUUUCAACGGUUUUAUCGAAGAUUGAUUUGCACCAGUACCUAACUGCAGGAGAUUUCCUGGAAGAUAUUGAUCUCAUCUGUAGUAAUGCCUUAGAAUAUAACCCAAAUAAAGACCUUGCAGAUCGUCUCAUUAGGCACAGAGCUUGUAGUUUGAAAGACACUGCAUAUUCCAUUGUGAAGGGAGAGAUAGAUGAAGAUUUAGAACAACGUUGUGAAGAAAUUAAAGAAUCUCGUAAGAAAAGAG